AUGCUUUCCUCUUCAAUUCCCAAAAGAUACAUUUUUGAAAAAAAGGGAAACGCAACAGAAGCAAAUUUUCUUGGUUGUAAAAGUAUCAUUUUCGCCCAGAAUUACGUUGCCUCGAAGAAACAUUUCUCUUGCACCACGAGAGUAGUACCAGAUUUACACGAAACAGCGUAUGAUAGCAAAAUUUUAAAAAUGGCAAUGUCACAGGAUAACAUUUUUGAAGUUGAUGCGAUGAAUGCGAAUGCCUAUACCCAUGGAAGUCCAUCUUUACACAACAUUAGCAUGAUGAACAAUGUCAAUUGUGAUAAUGGCAUGAACGGCAUGAUCGGUAUGAACAGUAUGAGCGGUGGACUUGACGCAAACCAGUAUACAGCUAAUCCAUGCAACAACAUGAUGACAAUAAGUAUAAAUGGACAAGAGCUGAAAAACAAUCCAUUAAUUUUUGUAGAUGGCGACCAAUAUACCCCAGACACACCAGUGCAAGGAAUAGAUCCAGGAGUUGUAGCAGUUUCGAAUGCUCUAUUUGCAUAUAACAGUGCUUUUCAAUGCAUACCAAUUAAAACUUCACCAAAUGUGUUUAGACGAAGGACAAGAGGAGAAGCAAAUUCAGAAUGGUCAAAUGCAUUCGUCACCAGAAUUGAUCCAUGUGAAUGUGGAGAACCGAACGAAGAGUUUAAGCCUUAUGAAGUAACCAAAUAUUAUGACGAAGGCAAGGUCAAAACUGUGUUCAAUUUCGACCAAGACUCUUCUUCUCCCCAAGAGUAA